AUGUUCGUAGGAGCAAAUUCAUCAGUUGUUGCUGAUUUCAUGCCUACAUCAUCAUGGAACAUCUCAAGUGAAUUAGAUAAAGAUUACUUCUUGACGCUUGAUGAACCUAUGAAUAACAUAACUACUACCCUUGGCCAGACCGCAGAGCUGCACUGUAAAGUCUCUGGCAAUCCUCCUCCGACGGUCCGUUGGCUGAAAAACGACGCUCCGGUUGUCCAAGAACCCCGGAGGAUCUCCUUCCGUGCCACAAGCUACGGGUCUCGGCUGCGAAUAAGGAACCUUGACACUACAGAUACUGGCUACUUCCAGUGCGUUGCGACUAACGGCAGAAAGACUGUUUCUACAACCGGUGUGCUCUUUGUGAAAUUUGGUCCCCCGCCAACAGCAAGUCCCGGAUCAUCUGACGAGUAUGAAGAGGACGGGUUUUGCCAGCCCUACAGGGGGAUCGCUUGUGCACGAUUUAUUGGAAAUCGAACCAUUUAUAUGGAGUCUUUGCAUAUGCAAGGCGAAAUAGAAAAUCAGAUUACAGCUGCCUUCACCAUGAUUGGCACUUCCAGCCAUUUGUCGGAUAAAUGCUCCCAGUUUGCUAUUCCUUCGCUGUGCCAUUACGCCUUCCCCUACUGCGAUGAGACUUCAUCAGCUCCCAAGCCACGAGACCUGUGCCGCGAUGAAUGUGAAAUUCUGGAAAAUGUCCUGUGUCAGACAGAGUAUAUUUUUGCAAGAUCUAAUCCCAUGAUUCUGAUGAGAUUAAAGCUGCCCAACUGCGAAGAUCUUCCCCAGCCCGAUAGCCCCGAAGCUGUCAAUUGUAUCCGGAUUGGGAUUCCAAUGGCAGAUCCCAUAAAUAAAAAUCACAAAUGCUACAACAGCACAGGAGUAGAUUACCGGGGGACGGUGAGCGUGACCAGGUCGGGGCGGCAGUGCCAGCCAUGGAACUCGCAGUACCCCCACACCCACACCUUCACCGCCAUCCGGUACCCCGAGCUCAACGGGGGCCACUCCUACUGCCGCAACCCAGGGAACCAGAAGGACGCCCCGUGGUGCUUCACCUUAGAUGAGAACUUUAAGUCUGAGCUUUGUGACGUCCCGGCAUGUGAUUAUAAGGAUUCCAAGGAAAAGAAUAAAAUGGAAAUCCUGUAUAUCCUGGUGCCAAGUGUAACUAUUCCCCUGGCCAUAGCCUUGCUCUUCUUCUUCAUCUGCAUCUGUCGCAACAAUCAGAAGUCCUCCUCCCCUCCCGUUCAAAGACAGCCUAAACACGUACGAGGGCAAAACGUGGAGAUGUCAAUGCUCAACGCCUAUAAACCAAAGAGUAAGGCUAAGGAGUUGCCUCUGUCUGCUGUUCGUUUCAUGGAAGAACUGGGUGAAUGUGCUUUCGGCAAGAUCUACAAGGGACAUCUCUACCUUCCAGGCAUGGAUCACGCUCAGCUCGUUGCUAUCAAGACGCUAAAAGACUUUAACAACCCCCAGCAGUGGGCAGAGUUCCAGCAAGAAGCAUCGCUCAUGGCCGAGCUCCACCACCCUAACAUCGUUUGCCUCUUAGGUGUUGUGACCCAGGAACAACCUGUCUGCAUGCUUUUUGAGUACAUGAACCAAGGAGACCUCCACGAGUUUCUCAUCAUGCGAUCGCCGCAUUCAGAUGUCGGAUGCAGCAGCGAUGAGGAUGGGACUGUAAAAUCCAGCCUGGACCAUGGGGAUUUCCUGCAUAUUGCAGUCCAGAUCGCAGCAGGGAUGGAGCACUUAGCAAGUCAUUUUUUUGUCCAUAAAGAUCUCGCCGCUCGUAACAUUUUAAUUGGAGAACAACUUCAUGUGAAAAUUUCAGACCUUGGACUCUCAAGAGAAAUCUACUCGGCAGAUUAUUACAGAGUUCAAAACAAGUCUCUCUUGCCAAUUCGCUGGAUGCCACCGGAGGCAAUUAUGUACGGCAAGUUCUCUUCCGAUUCAGAUAUUUGGUCAUUUGGAGUUGUUUUAUGGGAAAUAUUCAGCUUUGGACUGCAACCUUAUUAUGGAUUUAGUAAUCAAGAAGUCAUAGAGAUGAUCAGGAAAAGACAACUGCUGCCAUGCUCUGAAGACUGUCCUCCCAGAAUGUAUAGCCUGAUGACAGAGUGCUGGCAUGAUCUGCCAUCCCGGAGGCCACGAUUUAAAGAAAUCCAUGCCAGGCUGCGCUCGUGGGAGGGUCUUUCAAGUCACACUAGUUCUACUACCCCCUCCGGUGGGAACGCCACCACUCAAACGACUUCCCUCAGCGCAAGUCCAGUUAGUAAUCUCAGUAAUCCGAGGUACCCUAACUACAUGUUUCCAGCCCAAGGCAUACCACAAGGCCAGAUCGCCGGGUUCAUCGGACCACCAAUACCUCAAAACCAGCGAUAUAUCCCAAUCAACGGGUACCCGAUUCCACCAGGAUAUGCUGCUUUCCCGGCUGCCCACUACCAACCACAGGGUCCACCCAGGGUAAUCCAGCACUGUCCUCCACCAAAGAGUCGUUCUCCGAGCAGUGCCAGUGGAUCGACUAGCACAGGUCACGUCACUAGUUUGCCGUCUUCGGGAUCCAACCAGGAAGCAAAUAUUCCUUUGCUAUCUCAUAUGUCAAUUCCUAGUCAUCCGGCGGGAAUCGGUAUUACAGUUUUUGGAAAUAAAACUCAAAAACCGUACAAAAUUGACUCAAAGCAGUCUUCCCUAUUAGGAGACGCCAGCAUCCAUGGACCUAAUGAAUCUAUGAUUUCAGCUGAAUUGUAAAUAAGCGAGGCCUUUGUAAAUAUAACUAUUUACAAUACAAACUAGAAAG